UACCAUAGAGGGUUAAUGUUGUGCAUUAGAAGGUGUUUAUAUGUGCAUCAAAGGGUUAAACUGAAGCAGAGUAACCGUCCUGUACAGUCUGGGGGCGUGUCUGGCUGCAGUGUGAACUCACCUGCACCAGCCGCCCACACCUUCCGCCCAGGUGAGCAUCUACCUGAGCGCCUCCUGCAGGGCGGGGCGGGGUUUCCUCUGUUUGUUGUCUUCUAUAAGUGAAAGGCAGCAGAACUGAAGCUCAGAUCACAGAUCAACUCUCUGGGUUAGUUUCUAGUCAUGAUAAAGUCUUUAAGUGUGUCCUCGGAGGGCUCCCUCCCUCCGCUGGAUGAUGAUGUGGAGUCGGUGUGCUCCGACGAGCUGCUGGGCUCCCAGUCCCGCCUCUGGCUCACGGAGCUCCAGACCGGGGACCUGCCGGCGGAGAGCGGGGAGGUGAACACCAUCGGCCUGGACGGACUCUUCGUGGACCGGCACUUCCCCCUGGGGGAGCUGGAGCUGUCCGGGAUAGAGUGGAAGCGACCAAAGGAUAUGUGUGCUUCGCCUCAGUUUGUAGUAAAUGGAGCGACACGUCUGGAUGUCCGCCAGGGAAAACUCAAUGACUGCUGGCUGCUUUCUGCUAUUGCAUCUCUCUCCGUGCAUCGUUCUCUGCUGAAGAAGGUCAUGCCUCCUGGACAGAGUUUUGAAAACGGCUACAACGGCUGUUUCACCUUCAGGUUCUGGCAGUACGGUCAGUGGGAGGAGGUGAGGAUUGACGACUUGCUGCCCACUCGGAACAACCAACUGUUGUACCUCAGCUCCCCAGAAAAACAAGAGUUCUGGAGUUCCCUGCUGGAGAAAGCCUACGCCAAGGUUAAAGGUGGCUACAGAGCUCUGGAUAUGGGCUUUCCUCAUGAGGCCAUGGUUGAUAUGACCGGCGGGGUGACGGAGGUCCUGGACAUCAGUUUGCUCCCCAAAGACCUGCCGCCCCUCCUCAGUAACCUGCUGGCCAAAGGAGCGCUCAUCAACUGUGCCAACUGCAAGGGAACUUUUGGGGAAAGUAAUGGCAUGGGAAUCAUGUUCAAUCAUGCCUACUCUCUGACUGCAGUAGUCAAGGUGAACACGGCACAAGGCACCGAGGAUUUGGUGCGAAUCCUCAACCCCUGGGGCAACACGGAAUGGGAGGGGCCCUGGAGUGACAUGAAAGGACCAGAGUGGAAAAGAGUGAGCAAGGAGGAGCAGAACAGACUGGGCAGAGUGGACCGGGAGGACGGGGAGUUCUGGAUGUCCGUGUCAGACUUUAAAGCUAACUUUGGGACGAUGGAGGUGUGCCACCUGACGGAAGCUUUCAGUGACGGCGUGCUGCCGUGGAGCUGCAUAAUGCAUCAUGGGAGCUGGGUGCCGUGCAUCUCAGCCGGAGGCGCUCCCAAAGGGCGUUUCUUCUGGCAGAACCCUCAGUUCUACUUCACCCUGUCGGAGGUUGAAAACGGCUCUCAGAAGAACUGCUUCUUCAUUCUGGCUCUGAUGCAGAAACACCAGAGACGUAGGGGUGUUGACCUGGCUAUAGCCCUGCACGUAUACAGGGCUCAUCCUAAGAACACGUACCUGUCUCCUGAUGACCUGAGCGCUGUCCGCCCCGUCCUCUACUGUAAAUACUCGUCACGUCGAGAGGUGGUUCUGCGCAGCUCCCUCCCCCCGGGUCCCUACAUCGUCAUUCCUUCCACCUUAGAGCCCAACCAGCAGGGAUCCUUCCUCCUCCGGGUGCUGACGGAGCAGUGCAGCACCGCCAUCCCAGCUCACAAACCACCACAAGACAUCCAUUCAAUAACAGAGAUUUCAUUCCCUCACCAGGCUGCUCUCCCUUCACCUAAAGCCAUCAAACAGCUGUUCCUCAAGCACAGCAACAAGAAACGGCUUUGUAAACCAGCUCACCUCCACAGCCUGCUGACUGAAGCCAUACAGGGAGGAGUGUUGGCUGGCAGUGAGAAGUACUUGGCUCUAGAGCACUGCAAGAGCCUCGUGGUCCUCAUGGAUAGCCAAGGCAUCGCUCAGCUGAACUGGCCGGAGUUCCAGGCUCUGUGGGACAAGAUCAGGAGGUGGACGGAUAUCUUCCUGGUGUUUGACAAGAACAAGACGAAGCGUCUGGAGUACCGAGAGGUGGAGCGCGCUCUGAAGGCAGCAGGCGUCAUGGUGGAUGAUCUGAUCAUGCAGCUGGUCGGACUGAGAUACACGGAGCCUGACAUGACCGUCAGCUACCCCGGCUUCCUGUACCUGUUGAUGAAACUGGGCAGCAUGAUCAAUAAAUUUCAAGCGUACGACAUGGUGGGAAUGGGAAGCAUAACUGUGAGCUACACACAGUGGCUCCACAUGACGAUGUACAACUGACCUGCUCCACUCAGACGGAUUCAUCCGGAUCUACUAUGUUUGGUCUUUUUCUGCUCUUUUAAAAAAAAAAUUUUUCAUGCAUGAUCUCAAUGUGUCUUUUUUUCCAUGCAAUCCAUGUGCCAUUUAUAUUUUGUGUUGUAUGUUGUCGUAAAAUAGUCAAACAGUAAAUGUUUAUGAUUCACUGUUAUGUCACCUCAAUGAUUUAGUGAAUGAAACUUUUAAGAUAUUAGAUUUUCACUACUAUUAAUGUAAUCAUGGCCUAAAGAAUUCACAAUAACAGUAAUAUCGCAAAUCUAUAGAGACCAAAAUAACAUUAUAUUUAACUCUGUGUAUUGUGCAUUUUGUCUCUUUAUUGGCAAGGUGGAGUAUAUAUCACUUAUAAAACUUAAAACUUAAUAUUAAAUGACCAGUUAGUCUCACUGGAGGAAUGUUGUGUACAUGAUUUUUUAAAAAAAUGUAUAUAAAAUAGUUUUGAACUCAUCACUUUCAUUUGUGCACUGUAUCAACAUAAUGCUGAGUAAAUAAAGAAUUUAUGUUAGUCUAGAAUAGAAUAAAGAAGAAUAAAUCACAUUGUCAUAAUCAUUUCAUGGAAGAAAGAGGUAUAUAAUAUUUUAUUCCAACUUUAUGGGUGACCAUGUAUACUCAAAAUAUAGUUUUUUAAUAUUAAGAAUGAUGCAUUUAUGUAAGCAGCAUUUUACUACAAGCUUAUAAA